UAAGUAUUUAAUAUAAAUUUUAUUAGUUGAGAAAUAAUAAAAAUCUUAUAGAUAGAAUAGAUCACAGUAUGUAAGUUUCAUUUCAUUGUUUUUUCUAUUUUAGAUAAAUCAUCAGCUCGUUUUAUUUUUCAACAACAAAUUAUAAAUCUCACUCUUAUCAAUAAUGAUACACGCAAUUUUGAUGAUUCAUCGAAAACAUAUACUAUAAAUGUAUAUGCACACAUUUUGAAUUUCUUCAAGAAUUUAAAAAGUCUAAGUAUCGUACAACCAUAUUGGAAGUCAUAUCCAGGUUUAUCACUCGUUGAUUUACCAUCGAAUACUUUUUUCUCUCCAAUUCUAACUCAUUUAACUAUUAGUGUAAAUACAUUUGAUGAUUGUCUUUAUUUACUUGAUGGUCGACUUAAGCAAUUGAUAAUGUUGUCUGUUAUUGUUUAUGUAAUAGACAAUUCCUCUGAAACUGUUCAUACUAUGGUAAGUUUUUACAAAUAA